ACUCUUGCAUAAAGCUUAACCAUUUUAGUCAGUAUCAACAAAGAAAAGCUCUCCUUUGCUCUCGUCUCUUUCCCCCUCCCAACUUCUCAUAUUAAUAUUCCUCAAAACAACCACAUUAGAUUUCAUUUCUCUCUAACCAACAACGUCAUCACCAUGAAGCAAAAGGUAGUCAUCAAGGUUGCACUAAACGACCAGAAGUGUCGCACCAAAGCCAUUAAGACUGCAGUUGGGAUUGAUGGAGUAAUACAAGCAACACUUCAGCAAGAGAAGAACCAAAUAGAGGUAACAGGAGAUGACAUCGACGUCGUUUUGCUGACCACUCUGCUCCGAAAGUGCUUGAAAUACGCAGAAGUGGUGAGCGUGAGUCCCAUCGACAAAGAGGCAGAGGAGAAGAAGAAGAAGGAAGAAGAGGAAAAGAAGAAGAAGGAGGAAGAGGAAAAGAAGAACGCUAAUAAGUUCAUUUAUUAUCCUUACUCAAGCUCUGGAUCGUGUUGCGAAAUGCCCCAGCCUGGAUACGUCUCCUACAGCAUACCCUACCAGGAACCCUCCGCCCCUUGCUCCAUUAUGUAAUUUCAUUCAACACAUUCAGACAGAUCCAAAGCGACAAGGGACAGCACAAAAGGGUUGUACCAAUUUAUCAUUUACAUCUGAGGUUGGACGGCUUAUAAUUGAUACAGCUUCAGUAAGCCUAUGUGUUUGAUUAAAUGCCGAGCUCGAGCUCGAGCUCGAGCUCAACAUUAAAAGGGACUUCGGUAUUUAUAUUCAAAUUCACGGAUGUACUAAGUAAGCUGUUUGAAUCUUUCCGGCCGGCCUCAGUGAUCGAGUUUUUGUUGGAUUUCUCUCACUCUCUUUCUUUUUCUCUUUUUGGUUUCUUUGGUAAAAAAGUAUAUUAGUAAUCAGAACAGAGCUGUAUAAUUGUAUUCAAUAUCAAAUUUAUACGAACAGAGGAUGAGAUUUGUAUUAUGGAAAUUGAAUAAUUUAAAAUAUAUAUUGAUUGGUAUUUA